UCAUCAUCAUCAUCAUCAUCAUCAUCAUCAUCAUCAGUCAUGAUCUCUCGUUCUCUCCUGCUGGUUCUGCUGGUUCUCGCCUGCCUUCAGUCCUUCGCAACAGCUGAGCAUGAAAAUACACCAGAUCAGUGCUGUUUCAGCUUUCUGACACGACCAAUCCCAGUAAGAGUCAUUACAGCUUAUAAAGUAACAGAUAUUCGGUGUGCAAAACGUGGAGUCAUCUUUACUCUACAGGACGGUCGUCAUGUGUGUGCAGAUCCCGGCUUCAAGUGGGUGAAGAAUCACAUGAACAGAAUUGACCAGCGUCUGUUUAACAGUCUGAACAACACUGAAGGGAGUGCUUAA